AUGUCGACAGAUUUUACGGCGAUACUGUUGCGAGACCUGAGUAAACUGCUGGAAAAGGGAGUCGAUUACAACGUAUUGAUUCAAGUCGGCGAGGAGCCAAACGUCAAAUCAUUUAAAGCACAUUCCGGUAUACUUCGAGCGAGAUGUCCGUACUUCCAGGCUGCAUUAUCGGAAACCUGGGUGAAACACGAGGACGGAAUAAUCCUAUUUUCCAAACCAAAUAUAUCAGCGGAAACAUUCGAAAUUAUACUCAGGGAACCCGAGUUGUUGUUCAAAUCUGAUGAUUAUAGUUCGGUCAACCUCAAUGUCCUGCUAAGGGUACUUCAACGAGAUGAUUUACAGCUGGAUGAAGUUGAAAUUUGGAAUUAUUUGGUACAAUGGGGAAUCUACCAGACCUCCGAGACGGUGUCGAGUUCAUCGAAGGAUCUCACCAAACUUCCUAUAUCCGAAUGGUCGACCGAACACUUGGUCAUACUACGAUCGACCAUACAACAAUGCGUGCCAUUGAUCAGGAUGUUUCAGAUUUCUUCCAGGGAUUUUUAUAGUAAGGUGAUGCCAUACCAGAGCAUCUUACCGCCAGCACUCUACGAGGACAUCAUGAGAUAUCACAUGGUACCCGAUUGUCCACGUCCCACCUCAUUAAUGCCAGCGAGAAGAGGUGGAAUUGAAUCAAAUCUACUUCGAGCGAAACAUGUGGCAUUAAUCUCCAGCUGGAUGGAUCGCAACGAUCUGAACGUUUUCUGUAACGCCACAAGUAUACCUUAUGAAUUUAGCAAUGUUCCCUACGAGUUCAAACUCCUGUUGCGAGGGAGUAGAGAUGGCUUCUCUCCACAAGCAUUUCAUUCCAGAUGCGACUUCCAAGGUGCCACGUUGUUAGUGUUGAAAGUUCACGGGAUAGGACAUUUGAUAGGCGGUUACAACCCCUUGAACUGGGAUUCCACAAACAAAUGGGGUAACACCAAAGAUAGCUUUCUGUUUUCGCUUGGUGACGGAGAGGACAUACGUAAUUCGAUUUUGUCAAGGAUACAAGAGAAUAACCGGGCCGUACUGUGUUCACAAGCAAUCGGAGCGUGUUUCGGGAGCGGUGACUUGGUGAUGGGAGGUACCCAUUCGAACUUCAAUGUGGAAUUAGGGUGUUCGUGCAAACGGCAAUCCUACGAACGACCGUUGAUGAACACCAACCAUGAUCGAUUUAGUGUUGACGAGUACGAGGUGUUUAAGAUCGUGCCCAGGAUUGGCGCGAACGUGGCAAUGACGAGACCAAAUCUCACUAGUAGUGCACCAAUUAUUAGUAAGAGUAGUAGCAGUAGUACCAACAGUAGUAAUAGCAGUGGUAGCAGUAGGGGCAGUGGAAGAUUUUCAUUGUUAUUAUCCCAACUUCACUCUCAACAAUAG